AUGGCCGACGUUGAGAUGUCCUCCGCUCCUGUAGCUCGAUCUAACCUCCGAUACGGUGGUAACAAGGGACGACCCACCACCGUCAUCCCCAAAACCGUUAAGCCCUCCCACAAGAAGGGUGUUAAGACCGAGAAGAAGACUUUCGUCAAGUCCAUCAUCCGAGAAGUCGCUGGAUUCUCACCUUACGAGAAGAGAGUUAUGGAAUUGUUGAGAAACUCGAAGGACAAGAAGGCCAAGAAGCUCACCAAGAAGAGACUCGGUACCCUCCUCCGAUCCAAGAGAAAGAUCGAAGAGCUCUCUUCAGUCAUCCAAGAACAAAGACGACACGCCGGUCACUAA